AUGCCGGACAAGCCGCUGACCAUUGCGACCUACGCCGCUGGAGCCUCUCUGGCGGCCAUCACCCUCGUUUACGUCUUUGGCCCGACCUUCUUCCUUGACGACGAUGCCGCCAACUCCGCGCGCAAGAAGGGCGUUGUCGGCCUCAGCAACCCUGCAAAUGACUGCUUUAUAAAUUCCGUCCUCCAGACCCUCGCUGGCCUGCCGCACCUGCGCCUGUAUCUGAUCCGCGAGAUCCAUCGCCGCGCGCUCGACGGGCUCGACGUCUACAAGGUCCCGGAGAAUGACAAGGACUCCGAGGCAGCCCAGAAAGACAUGGGCGCGGUGAAGCUGGACGGGCUGCAGCAGGGCAUCGUCACCCAUGCCUUGAAGGACGUGCUGGACAGGCUGAACGAACGCCCAAUCUACCGCAAGACCAUAUCGGCGCAAACUUUUGUCGGCGCGCUUGAGCGCGCUUUCAUGUCGCGCAUCAGCAGGCAGCAGCAGGAUGCCCAGGAGUUUCUCCAGCUCGUGACCGAGCGAGUCUCCGAGGAGUAUCAUGCGGGCCACAAAGCGCGGAGACGAGCACGGAGGCAGCGGGCGGCCCUGUUCAGGGCGGACGAGCCGGAAAAGGAGAGCGCCGAUCUCAGAAAGGAGCUCCUCAAGCAGAAAACGGGUUCCGCCGCGGACGUGGACGAGGAAUCGGAUCCCGAGGAACAGGACGACGAGGACGGCUUCCCUUUCGAAGGCCAACUGGAGUCUCAGAUUGAGUGCCUUACUUGCCACUUCAAGCCGAAGCCCUCGGUCUCCAGCUUCGUCACUUUGACCUUGAACGUGCCCCACCAGUCCUCGGCCACUCUGAACCAAUGCUUCGACGGCAUGCUCAAGAUUGAACAUAUCGAUGAUUUCAAAUGCGAGAAUUGCCGCCUGCAACAUGCUGUAGAACUCAAAGAGAAGGAACUGGGGAAGGCCGUCAAGGAUCGUGAGCGAGAACAGCUGGAGACGGACAUUGCAAAGCUGCGCAAGGCUUUGGAGGAAGAUCCGGAGAAGCCGCCGGCUGAUGUCGAGCUACCAGACAGCAGCUUAGCCCCCAAGAGGAGGAUCGCGCGGCACAUGCGCAUUUCCACUUUCCCCAAGGUUCUCGCUGUUCAUCUUUCAAGAUCGCUCUUCAUGGCCGGAAACUACGGCACCUAUUCGUCGAAGAACAUGGCAAAGGUCUCCUUUCCCGAAACGCUACCUCUUGGAGGAAUCCUGGAUCAGAGGAAGUACCAUUUACUAGGCGUCGUCACCCACAAGGGAGGCCACAACAGUGGGCACUAUGAGAGCUUCCGGCGCCAAAUUCAGAUUCCUCCCUACUCUACACCGCAUUCCUUUGGUACUGAGGGUGUCUAUAGUCUCAGCGGCAGCCCCAAUCCCAGCGCCAUGCCCAGCACAGUGCCCAGCACAGUGCAAAGCCCACGGCCUUCGGCGUGCAAGGACAUCGAACCCGCAGAGAUGCCCGAGUCUGCCCAUCUGCCCUCGCCCGCUUUCCCCGACGCAUCAUCGAUAUCGCUGUCUUCCAAGUCUUCGCGCUCCUCGAUGCGCCAACGUGUAGGCUUGACGUCUGCGCCUCGCGAUGACAACUCGUCGCUCAAGCAGGCGCGAUCAACAUCAUCGCCGGGGCAUUCUCCCUCAAAGCUGCACUCGAUGGGCGAAAGAGCGGCAACAAAGGCUGAGUCGAUUGCCAAGUCGGUGAAGCGGAGGACGAAGAAGCGCGAUAACAGAUGGUGGCGCAUAAGUGACGACAAAAUCAAGGAGAGCAAGACGAGUGACGUCCUGGGCAUGCAGAAGGAGGUUUACCUUCUGUUCUACGAGAUCGCGCGGCCCGACGAAGAGGACAACGUUUAA